GUCACAUGCACUGCCAUGUGACUUCUAGGCACAUGACAUGUCAUUCACCAAUAAUAUUAUAAAAAUUUGUAAGCAGUCCUCCCCCCAGUACAGAAUUGUUCGGUUCCGACUCCGAAUUUGAGCAUGUCACAUAUUCAUCUCUUAUCGUGAUCUGCUAUAUACAAGCAUACUGGUAUAUAAAUAUAUAUUAUAAAUCAAAGUAUUUAAUAUUUAAUAUUUAAUACCACUAAAACUAAAACAUAUAGUCAAACACAUAGAACCAUAAUGUCAUUUAUUGGUUUAAGUAAACAAAUUAAUAGAUACAGUCCUUCAUGGAGCAUCGCAAGAAGAUUCCUUACAUUUAAGACAUUACCUACCCCAAAUGAAAAUGCAUUAAAAUUUAUAUCUCCACAAUGUAGAAUUGUACCCAUUGAUGGGAAAACAUUUGAAUUCACAUCAUCAUUACAAUCAGUUCAUUCACCAUUAGCAUUAAAGAUAUUUAGAAUCCCUGGAGUUAGAUCUGUUAUGUUGGGACCAGAUUUUUUAACGGUGAAUAAGCAAGAUCAUAUUAAUUGGGCUAAUUUAAGACCAGAAGUGGUUGAAGUAUUAAAUGAUUUUUUAGAAUCAAAGAAGGAACCAGUAAUUACUAAAGAAUUAAUUGAAAAAUCUGAAGAAUCGAAUGCUGAAGAUGAUUCUGAAUUAGUAUCAAUGAUAAAGGAAUUAAUUGAAACAAGAAUAAGGCCUGCAAUUCAAGAUGAUGGUGGUGAUAUUGAAUAUAAGGCAUUUGAUGAAGAAACUGGUACUGUCUUUUUAAAAUUACAAGGAGCAUGUAAAUCAUGUAAUGAAAGUGAAAAUACUUUAAAACAUGGUAUAGAAUCUAUGUUAAUGCAUUAUAUAGAAGAAAUUCAAGAAGUGGUACAAAUUUUAGAUCCAGAAGAAGAAAUUGCAUUAAAAGAGUUUGAUAGAUUAGAACAGAAAUUGCAAACUAAGAGAAGUUCGUCUCCUGCUCCUCCAUCUUUAUAAGGUUAGUUAGUAUUUAUAGUUUAUUAUGGGUAUAAGUUAAUAUAUUUAUUAUUUAUUUAUUUAUUUAUUUAUUCAUUUAUUUAUUUAUAGACUUGUAUAUUCUUUUACUAUUUGUUUAACUCAUUCAAU